AUGUUUGGUAAUUAUGAAGACAGCUACAAGGAUGUACCCAUCUUUUGUGCAAUGGUGGCUCAUACUAAUCCAGGGUCUGUAAAUAAAUACACUUAUGGAAAAAAAGAUAAGACAUUCAUGAGCAUGACUAUUUCAUUUGCUGCACCAAUGAGAGGAUGGAAAAAAACUGGAAGACCAGUCAUAGGGUUAGAUGCAUGCCAUCUAACUGGAAAGCGUGGUGGUGUUCUAAUGGCUGCAACGACACUUGAUGGUCAGAAUAAUCUUGUGCCUUUAGGCAUUAGGAAAGGCUUGUUGGAAGCUGUUCCUAAGGUUUUCCCUGGUGCAAGAGUUAGAUAUUAUUUCAGGCACUUAUACAAGAACUUCAAGAAGUACUACAAGGCACCAACCUUGCACAACUCAUUGUGGAAUGCAUGCAAAGCUUACAAAGUAAAGCAUUUUCAUCACUUUGACAGUAUAUGCAAAGAAAAUGCUGAUGCUGGUGAAUAUCUUAGGAAAGAAGAUCCAAGUACUUGGUCUAGGGACUAUUUUGAUCCCCUUAGCUGUUGUGAGCAUAUGAAUAAAAAUUUCUCUGAGUCUUUUAAUUCCAUGGCUUCUAAUAUGAGAGAUAAACCUAUAAUCCAACUAGGCAUGAUGUAUGGUCAGUUAGUCAUGGGUUUGUUAUUUAAGAGAAGAGAAGAAUCUGCUAAGUGGAAUGAAAAUGGUCUGGUCCCUGCUACUGUUAAAUUGAUAAAUAACAUGCUCGACUUGGUUGGAAAGUUUGAUACAGAAGGCAGUGUGGUUGGACAAGUUUAUUUGCCCAAAUUGGAAAGAGUAAGUGGUUUUUAUUGUGCUCCUUACUAUUCUGUGGAAUAUUAUAGGACCACAUAUGCAAAUGUUGUCACACCAUUAGAAGACAUAACUGAAUGGGUAUGGGAAGAUAAGGCAACCAUGGACAUCAACUUAAACCCUCCUUAUCAGAGAAAAACUGGAAGACCAGCAAAGAAGAGUAAGAAAAGUUAUGAUCAACCUGAAACUGUGAGAGAUCAGCCUGAAAGUAGCACUGCAAAGGGUAAAGCCAAGGUGAACAGAUCCAAAGGUACAUCAUUAUUUGUUGGUGAGUCAUCUGCAGGACCUAGCACUCAAGGAAGACCCCCAACAUGA